UAGGCCUUCCAAUUCAAUUGAUUGAUUGCGCCCUCCCUUGUUGCAAGGCAGUGAGCAGUCGUAGUCGCAGCCCCAAUUGCAGGAGUUCUGGGUCGCAAAGCCUUUUUAUAUACCAUAGCGCGCCACCCGGGUUUUGCAAAAUGCUUACCGACUCCAACUCCAACAGUCUGGUGACUCUGGUCCACUCGAACCUUCAACCUUGUCAUUUCAACCUCGACCUCAGCUCCUCCACCACACUCCAUUCAUCCUCAGAAUCGCCCACCAUCAUGGCAACUUGAAAAUCGGGCAUGCGGUCCCAUAUUGAAUUCCCUCCAGGUCGCAGCACAUACCGGAUACUUUCCCACACAAUCCAAGAUGACACAAUCCCAAGACUCAUUUAGUUGCCUCCCGGUAGAGCUUAUUCUCUUGAUUUUGCAGCACCUGACCACCCGCGCCGAUGUCGUUUCCGCUCUGAACGUAUGCCAGGUCUGGCGCCGCAUCCUUCUCUCUCCCGAAAUAUGGCCCCUCCUCGCGAACAACAUCGACCCCGGGCUUGCUGCCCAUAUGCGCGACUGCUCCCCAGAACCAGAGCGUCAGCCAGAAGCAUUCCACUCCGCCCUGCGCCAGGCGCAUGUGCGAAGCGCGGGCUGCUUCAGAGACGUAACUCACCAUCCCCUCCGCCUCAACCUGGAUGAUGCAGACAACAGUGACAGCUUCUUCACCUUGUCCAAACAGGUUCCUAUCGAACAUGGCGGCGUGCAUGCCCUUGAUAGUGUUGUUGGUCUGGACUACAAGGCUGUCGAUGACCAUGUCUCCCGCGUCAGGCUGUAUAGUCAUGGCCGCGUUGCUUGGUGGCCUGAGAGCUGGCAUCUCCCUUACUUUGCUAUUGUGGAUGAUUUGCGUGCGCGGACGCGCCGCAUGUACGUGGUUCCGGGCCUGAACCGUGAGAGGAGAGGCCAGCCGCGAUUACAAGGGUGGAAAACGGCGUUGGGGGAGCGGUUGUUUGUGAUGGGCCAAGAAGAUGUUGGUGUCUGUGUCUGGCAUCUUGAGAAGAAUGAGCUGAGGCAGAUCAAGUUGUUUAGUGCCUUUGAGCGGUGCGUCGUGCAAGGGGAGACGCUGCUGUUCGUGGGCCGGAGGUUCGCCGAUGUUUGGAGGUGGAAAUGGGACACCAAUUCGCUGAGCAUCGUCGACGCCGCGGGCCAAGGAUGCUAUCGCCGCGGUCCGGUUACCAUGGCCCCUCAGGUUUCGAUCAAUUCACCCCCAGUCUUGCCUCUGCGGGAAGGUCUACGCUUCCUCGACAAUGACACCAGACUCGACUUCAUCCUGCAUCCGACACGCCAGGACGUCGUGUUUGUGGUGACGUACACCGAGCGGGACGAAUUUCGGCCAGAGCUCGUGGUCUACGAGCUCACGUCUGGCAAGCUCACGUCGCGCAUCGUGCCCCCGGAAAACCACAUGGCGUCUCGCAUCCUACGGGAACUCGGGCACCCCGGGGCGCGCCAGCGGAUUUCGAUGUUACUCCGUCACGAGCGUUGCGACGCCCAUGGCGGCUACAACCUCGUGACUGCCUUUGGUUUCAGCGAUGUCUGCGCGGAUUUCACUGCUCCAUUAGGCAGCUUUGGAUCCGUGUGCUUCAACGUCUACACGAAGCAGUUCACGGCUAUUGUACAUCACGCCAGCUCUGCCUACGCGUUGAGUCGGCAGCUGCAUCUCUGGAACGGGCAGCUUGCCCUCAUCCAUGACACCCAACUCGAUCCUUCGCCGCGUAAGAUGGGCCAGAUUAUCGUCGUCUUGGAUCCGUGCGACGGUCACCUCGACCACGACUUGAUACUGAAAGUAAGCGAUCCUUUGCCGGUUCGUACGAGACAGCCAGAUUCGACAACAAGGUCGGCAGUUGCUCGUUCCGUGAUCUACCGCAUGCGUAACCCGGAGUGGUUGGAGCGCGAUUGGUUUCUCUACCGCGUUGCCUAUGCGCUGGCUGAACCGCUGGAUCCGGGACCAGUGGUUGAGGAUUCAGCUGAUGAGUGGCUUGCCGGGGACGACCAAAGCUUCAUACAUGUGAUCAGGAAGGGGUAUACUGUAUGGAGAUUCGAUGAAGACGAUCCCCUGAGAAUGGAAAUAGGGAAGAGACAGAGAAGGGGGUGGAGGAUGCGGUGGAUGAAAGCUCUGCGGACAAGCGCGAGACGUCCCAAACCUGCUGAACCCCAGUAGACAUUGUCUUCAUCCAGAAGCAUGCGACAAUCCAGAGAGCUAUCAUUAUCACCUAAAUAGAUGCCUGGACCAGCCGGGUGAACCAACCGUGGUAAAUUGUACAUACAUGUAUGCAGCUUGACACUUUCCCGACACAGGUAAUGUCCUCUACUCUUUCCAGGGUUCAUGUUGCGC